GCGAGGAUGAGGGGAGCUGCUGUCUCUCUGGGCUGCGUCCUUCUUUGGGGGCUGGCAUCUGGCUGUUCGGGGUUGAGGCUUCUGAACACCCUGCCGCCUUUCAACUGCUCUCAGAGGGGUCUGCACUGCAUUGUGAGAAACAGUGUUUGCAUGGAUAAGAGCUGGCUUUCAGUUCCACCAUGGACUCCUUCAGCUCCAAGAUCUCUUGAGGUCCAUGCAGAUGUUCUCUCUGAGGGAGGAAAACUGCUUCCUGUGCUGAACAUGGAGUGGAUGGUAGCUACUGAUGGAAGCAUUCUGCACCUCAGAGGGGUAGAAUUAAGUGUGCUGCAGGUAACCAGUAACCAGCAGAUCUGUGUUAAGUUUGAUUUUCAAAACAACCUGACCCGCCAAGUCAGACCAAGCGAUGGACGUCGGUGGAAUUUCUCUUUCAACCACUUUGUGGUGCAGCCAGGUCAGAGUUAUCAAGUAACUGUCCAUCACCUGCCCAAAUUAGCCACCGAUGGAGACCAAAAUUGCAUAUCCCAGUCAUAUACAGUACCAGGUUGCAUGGAUCCUGCCAUGAAAAUGACUGCACCGUGUCAGCAAAUAGGUAGUCUAUGGGAACCAAACAUUGAAGGAACAAGUCUAGGUGAUGAUUCUGUUAUGGUGAGCUUUAGUCCAACACACAAUUCAACAAGUUACCGCAUCCACGUGACCAGUUUUCAAGAUGAAAAGGAAUGUAAGACAAGCACAAAAGAGAUAUUAGAGGAAGGGCUGCAUCAGCAGCUGAACAUCACUGUUGAAAUAGAGGGAAACUUGAGGGCUUGUUGCGCGUACAGAGUGCAGAUCCAGCCAUUCUUUGAAGCUUGUGGCACUGAUUGUCUGAGGCACUUUGCUUCCAUCCCAUGUCCCCUCCUUCCUUUCCAGUCUACCAUGAGUGACAUCAUUAUGGAUAACACUGAUACUUCGAUGUGGAUUUCCUGGUGCAGUACUCUCGUCUGCUUUUUAAUAGUUGGGAGUAUUGUUGCUUGGGUUUUUUGCCAUGCUCGGAGAUACAAAGGACCACAUUCUGGAAUGAGCAAUAAUGAUGAUGCACAUCAUGGUCUGCUGCGUCUGUCACAGCCUGCCCCGCUCCUGAAGCCUAGCAAGGUUUGGAUUGUGUAUUCUGCUGAUCACAAGCUUUAUGUCGAUGUUGUGAUGAAGUUUGCUGAGUUCAUGUUCACGGUCUGUGGUACUGAGGUGAUCCUAGACCUGCUGGAGGAGCAUGAGAUUUCCAAGAUGGGGGCUAUACGCUGGCUCACUCGGCAAAAGCAAGAAAUGGAAGCGCGCUCUUUCAAAAUCAUCAUCUUGUGUUCUCGAGGUACACGAGCCAAGUGGCAAGCUAUGCUUAGGCACGAGGAAGUGUCUGUCUCUCUCAGGCAAGAUAACCGGCUGCCAAUGGGGGACAUGUUCACUCCUGCUUUGAAUCUGAUCCUGCCAGACUUUAAGCAGCCAGCUUGUUUUGGCACAUACCUGGUUUGCUAUUUUGAGGGCAUAAGCAAUGAAAAGGAUAUUCCAGACCCCUUCAACGUCACCUCCAAGUACCAGCUAAUGGACAAGUUUGAAGAAGUUUAUUUCCUGAUUCAGGAUCUGGAGAAGUUUGAGCCAGGGCGAGUCCAUCAGAUUCCUGAGAUCUCUGCCGAAAGGUACACUGAAAGCCCAAGUGGCCAAAAACUGAAAGAAGCAGUGCAGAAAUUCAAGGAAUGGCAGGCUGAGCACCCUGAUUGGUUUGAAAGAGAAAAUGCCGGCUGCGGAGAAGAGGGUGAUUUGCAGUCUUUGAACGGGGAGCUCUGUGAGGAUCUAACACUGCUUGAGGGGGGGAUUUUGAAACAGCAGCUGUUUCUACAGGAGCCUGACCCCAACAGCUGUUGCCAGGUCAACCUCUGCAUCAAAGAGGAUGAGCUUGGAACCUGCCAGCUGCUACCCCAGCUUCUUCCACAAGAGGAUCCAGCAUUCCAAACCUUGAUCAUUCCUGCAGAUAAUGAGACUUCCCAGGUCCAGGUAGUAGAGCCAGUUGCUCUUGCAGAAGAGAGAGAGAUAUUCAGCCAUCAAUUGUUGACCAAUGAAGACUGGCUGGAAGGAGACCCUAUACUGGAGAUGAGCAUGCCAAGGAGACACAGUGUAGUGCUUCAAGAAGAACUGUCCUCAAAUGCCCAGCCCCUACCAGCUGAUGUGAGGCAACAGCUGGAGGGACUAAUGCUUUCUCUCUAUCACCAAAGCCUUGGCCUUUCAGAAGCACCUGUCUGCCAGGAAGUUGUUAAUGAGCAGCAGCAGCCCCUAGUUUUUGAGGAGCUGUGCAAAGAUCAGAGACAGUCAGUGCAAUCAGACCAAGGUUACAUUUCCAGAAGUUCUCCUCUGCCUUCAGAUGGCCCUGUUGAGGAAGAGGAGGAAAAAGAUCAGGACCAAGAAAGCCACAGAGAUGCUGAGUUUGUCUCUCCAGAUAUCUUGGACAGUCUAAAGAGUCUUCAGCAGCAGCUGCUUUUCCAGGACAUUCAGCAGAACUCCAGCCGGAGUGGCAAGGGAGGGGUAAUGGGUGUCCUCUAGAGGCUGCUAGUCUCCAUCCAGGACCAAGGUUUGUGUCUAUGACUGUAGGCAGGAGUGCAAACAUUUCAGGCUUAGUCCCUCAGGCAAGUUUGGAUGUCAUUACAGCACACAUUUUUGUGAAGUCUAAUGGAUAGUUCUAAUGGAUUGCAGCCAUCUGGCAGCAGAGCUGACCUGUCCAUACUUUUUGCUAACAGUAUUUUCUGAAACACUCUGUGCUGCAUCAGUCUGUCGCUAAAUGGAGGAAGAUGUCAAAUAUUAAUGUGUUCAGUCUGUAGAUUAAUUGACAUCGCACACUGCCACAUGGGAGCACAAGAAUGUUCAGCAGGUCAGAGGAACAGCCCAGCAGGUUGGCCCUGUUUGUUGACCCUCCAUGGCAACUGGUUGGUCACUGUGUGAAACCGGGUGCCAAACUAGAUGGACCACUAGUCUGAUCCAGCACUGGGCUCUUGCAUUCUGACCUCAGAAGGAAUCUAAUAACCUGGGUAUUACUGGCAUAAUCCGUUUAGUACCAAAUAUAUUGAUAAUGACAGAUUUAAAAAAAUAUUGUAAGGAAACAGCAAGACAGAUGUUAAAAUCUUGUUCCUCAAGAAGCAUUGUAUUCUGGGCUAUUUCAACUUAGGGUCAAUAAGGUAAAAUCCUCUUGUAUUGAUUCUUAGGUUGAGCAGUUGUUCAGUUUAGUUAUAAGCACUGCAGUAAUAACUUUCAUUUUCUAUUGCUAGCUGUUCCAGCACUGCUGUUUGUGUUACGGAUCUUCCAGCAAAUUGCAAAUGAAUUGGCAGACUCCAUAUUCAAGUUGCAGUUGAGGGAUAAUUCAAAUUGCUUAAGCAAUCUUCUAAAAGUGCCUAGUUUUGGUAAUGGAGAUGUUCUUUGUACAUUGUGUAAUGCCAAGAGUAAGGACCAGACAAAUGUAAUUUAGGAGGGAAUAUUUCAUUUUUAAACAACUGGAAUAGAGUCAUGAAGUUCCGUUCAGGUAUAGGAAAAUCCAACAGAGACACUUAAUUAUUUCGGACUGUCCAUAAUAGCAUGCCUCUGAAAGCACCACAAGGCUACUGUUUUCAGCAGCAUCCCAGUGGCAAAGUGUCACGUGAGUGCCAGGUCAGAGUCUUGGGCAAGGGGUUCUGUAAGAUGUACACCUCACUGCAGUAUGAAUAACUUCAUAUGCCUCAUCUGAAUCACUUCAGAGUUCCCUGCUGUGCGUCAGGGCUGCUGACUUGGCUGAUACAAGCCAAGGCACAGGCAGAUAGGAAAGAACAGUUGAACUGUGUAAGGAGAAGAGAGGUUUAAAGAGCUAGUCUGACUUCAAAAUGCUCUUUGAGAGCUGGUGAUCGAUUGGGAAUGGAGGAAGAAUCUGAUGCAGUUUAAUGUAGGCAGAUGAUGCCUAGAAGAAAUGAGAGGGAGAGAUGACAGUGCGUACCAGAACAGGAUCGUGCCCUCUGAUAUUGCAAGUGGUUGCUGAGCAACGGAUUGCACUUUUCAUUGAUGAAGUCAUACUGUGGACUUCUUGAGACUGAAGUGGGUUCUUCACAUCCCCUUGAAAUAGACUUCCAAAGCUGAGUAAUCCUGAAUGAUUACUUAUAAUAAGCUGAAAUGGUUAUGAAGACUUCAUGUGCAUCAGUUACUAAUUCAGCCCAAGCUUACUGAUCAAUUCAGCAGCUCCCAUAGUGUGGCUGGGGGGGGUAAUCCCAAAACAUUUUUAUUUCAUUAUAUUCUCUUUUCCCCAUCAGGCCUGCUGUCUUAGUAAUUGCACUGUGUUUAAAUGGAACAGUAGCAUAUCUGGUGCCUAUCCUAUUGGUUCAUGUAGUCUGUUUUUUUCCAGCGGCAGCUUUUAGUAGCUCUUGAUUAUACAAGCCAACAAUGUAUUUUGUAGCUUUUCUCUAGCUUUUCCUGUUAAAUAUUUAUAACUAAAGAGAAAAGUUUCAGUAUGCCAUAUUCCAAUUAGGCUACACUUUUUGUAUUUCUACUUGUAUAUGUUUCUUUUAACUUUUCAAGGGAAGUACUGUAGAAUUGUACUUGCUCACUAGUAGGUGAAUGAUUGCCAAAGCGUUGUCCUCAAAUUUUAUCCAGGAAACUGUGUAACUGCUGUGACCACCGCUCCUCCCAUGCCAAAAUUUCAGUUCAAGAAAAUGGAGAACAGCUAGUGAGUUCUGGUUUUCUAUCUAUAAAACAAGCACGAGUGACCUUUCAUCCACUUAGUGGCAAAGUUAUUUGGGUGGGGAGAGUUGGUAUUCCACAGUCACUGUGUAUAGAUAGAUGGUGCCUUAUACAGUAUAAUAGUACAUUUUCUUCUUAAAUGUCCAGACAUUCUACAUGCAUUUGUUUAAGAAUACAACAGGAAUCCUGUGAGGUGUUGUUUGCCAGAGGGAGGCACUAAGAGAUCUGUCUUGAUACCAGCAUUGCCAUAUCAGUAAUAAUGUUUCAUGACCAGUGGUUGCCAAGUUGCCUGUUUAGAUCCUGUUAUACAUUGCUCAGAGAUCCGUUAUCAGAUCUCACAACGUAACAGUGAAAAAGCACUGGCAGAAUGGCAAUGAAUUCAGCUUGGGGCCACAGAGUUAAACUUCUCCCUGUACCAUUUUGCUGGUAGAUACUUCCUUCUCUGUAGGAAAGCAGGGAGAAAAGGACAGGUCAAGUAUAGGUGUCUCUUUUCUCCCAUGGAGCUUAUAGUUCAGACUCAGAGGGAUUAAUUAGAUUAGUUUCUGAUCAGGAAAACAGUCUGCAGGGAAUAGCUAGUAACCUCUUCUCCCAUGCUGUGGAACCCCACGUAAAUUAAGCCCCCCCCCAUAGCUGUUUUACAUGAUUUUAAAAUAAAAGAUCCAACCAUUUAUAUCCCAUAUAAGAAGUAGAUGAGCCCUGUGUGUAUUCUGCACCUUUGGUUGAUACAAGAUUUAACUUAAAACUGUUUUUUUUUUAAAA